AAUGGGGAACCAAACGUGCCUCCUUGAUAUCAUAACACGACCAAGUCUUUUGAGCGUGUCGUCUCUCUCUCUCUCUCUCUCUCUCUCUCUCUCCUUCCUAGGGCAUGCACUUCCAUCACCCAAACCACCGUGAUUUUUGUUUAUGGGGCUAAUCAAUCUUAUAGUACAUUACAUAAAUACAAAUCGAUUUUAUAUGCAAAAACAUACUCACGCACAGACGCACUCAAUAGCCCCCACAUUGGGUGGAGAGAAGGAUUGAUUUGGUCUAUGGAGGUGGUAGCGUGGGUCUCAUGGGUCUUGUUUCUCAGGCUGUUCAUGAUGGUGGGCGCCAUGUUCUAGGAAUUAUUCCAAGGACACUAAUGCCUAGAGAGAUAACUGGUGAAUCGAUUGGAGAAGUGAGAACUGUAUCCGAUAUGCAUCAAAGGAAAGCAGAGAUGGCCCGUCAAGCCGAUGCCUUCAUUGCCCUUCCCGGUGGUUAUGGCACAUUGGAGGAAUUACUGGAGGUCAUCACAUGGGCUCAACUGGGGAUUCACCGUAAACCUGUGGGAUUGUUGAAUGUGGAGGGAUACUAUAAUUCGUUGUUGAGUUUCGUCGACAAGGCCGUCGAUGAAGGCUUUAUCUCACCAACUGCGCGCCGUAUUAUCUUGUCCGCUCCCACCGCCAAGCAAUUGGUCAGACAACUCGAGGACUAUGUGCCAGAGUACGACGAAGUUACAUCCAAGUUGGUGUGGGAGGGGGUGGAGAGACUGAAUUAUGUACCCGAAUCCGGUGUCCCGACAUAACACACACAAGCAUGAUGAACUAUACUAAUGGUCUUUUUUGCCCCUUAGCAAAUACCUGGGAUACACCUAAUUUACAUGGUCUUAACACUGUUCAGAUUCAGGCACAUAGACUUGAAUUUUUGGUACUGUGCCCUCAAUUGACUUUUCAUAUACUUCUGGGGAUUAUAUGUACUCUUUUUUGUGGAAAGAAUCCAUUUUUGUCAAGCUUUAAGUUAUGUGGCUGUAUUCUGAACUAUGAAAAAAGAUUAAGGAUUCUCUUGUUCUUUUUCUUUCUUC